UGUUUGAUCCUGUCUUCUCUGACCCUCCCCUUCUUCUACUUUCCAGAAUCCUUCUGAUGAUAGAACAGAGCCUUGGGGGUUGCACAUGCUCAGUUUGAUGUUUUUUAUUCCUUGGAAGAGUGCAUGUGAUCAGCACAGGGCCAAAUCAGCACUCUCCAGACAGAGGUCGGGGGUUUUGCACCCUGCUAAAGCAGAAAGAAAACUCCUACAAGCUUUAACCAGUGCUCUGUUGAACACUGAUAGAAAUCACAUGACUGCUCUAACUGCUGAUGAGAAAAGGUAUUUAGUUGUU